ACAUUAGUUAAUUUGAAAUAUUUCAAACAGAAAUAUCCUUAAUCUUUAAAAUAAAUUUAAUACCAAAGCAUGCAUAAGUAACAACCAAUAAAAACUGGCUACAAAAACUAAUGAUGUCGGAUCGAACACAAAUUGAUCGAUUUCCAAUAUUGAUUCGCUACGAAACAAUAUAUAAAAUCGAAAGUGAUUCAUAACAAAUCAUGCGAAACGAAUGUGCCCCACCUCCAGCCGUUUAAUAUUUGAACUUGACGCAUUUCGACCUCAUUGCCAUGGUAACGCAAAUGGUUAAACAUACAUGCAUUCUUAUUUAACCUUCUCCCGAACAUAACGUGGUACAACAAAAGUAGUCUGGUUGCAGCUGAAGUAGCUGAAGAAGAUAAACGAUGAAUUCCCACUUUUACCCCGGACGUACCACACCGGAGACGAUGGUUGGUGGUAUAAGAAAAUGGGAACAACUUUCGCGCACAUCUGCCAAACAAACGUUCGUUCCGUUCGAUGAGGCGUAUCAUUCGGUGCGAGAGCUACAAACGAAGGAUGAUUCGGAAUCGGAUCAAGAACAAUCGACAGAAGAUCAGCGUACCGAGCAGCACUACUCGGAGUCGGAGUUUCAUACCGAGCAAGAGGACGACUCUAGUGAGGAUCAAAACAAGGACCACGGCGAAGAACAUGAAUGGAACGAACGAGGACAGAUUCGUGUAUCCCAAUAUCCACCGAUGAAUAUCGAACCAGAGGGCCAUCUAUUGCACAUUGAUUUCAUCGCGAACCAACUGGAACGGCUCGAGAUACCUGGUUCAGGGCAAAGCAGAGGGCCGCGGCGAACGGUGGGCACACUAGGAAGUGGAUUGUCAAGCCGGAAACUUCCUGGGCAACAGCACAACAUUUCCUUCAGCCGUGAACGUGUGCGUCAAAUCGAACGAACGAAUCAAAUCCUGCUCCGACGUAUCAUUACGACAAGGCCAACGCUACAGACACAAAGCAGUAAACCAGUGAAGCGCACUAGCUCAACGAACGCUUCGCCAGUCACCAGUGCUGCUGCAAAUCGGAGAAAGAUGCAAGAAAGAAUCGCGGCCGAAAAUGAGAUUCUGCUGCGCAAAGUGAACUCAGUUGGCAGCAGGCUCUCAAAGCGUACGGGCUGCUAAGUAUUGUCCACAUAGCGAUUUUCUUCUAUGGUGUUAACCUGGUAUUUUCUUAUUAAUUUUGCCAAAUUUUUAGUAGAGUCGGUCCCUUUUUCUAGAGUUUAAUUAAAAUACAGAUCGGUGUAAACCGUCUAAA